AUGUUGCGAUGGCAGCUAUCUCUUGAGGAGAUACAAUUUAGCCGCAUUUUUGUACGUUUUUUUAAAAAGUUACUCGAUCUUUGGCCAGAUAACACUGAAUCUUCUCAGUUUAUCUCCAAAAAAUAUACGCAAGCAGUAUCCCUAUGA